UAUUGUAUUCCAUGUAUGCAAUUUUAACUAAUUUCUCAGCGCCUGUGUAUCAUCUGUCACACUUAUAAGUUUUUCUUGUUAAUUCUAGUCAUGACACUUAUUUUGCAGAAAAGAUCAACAACUCUCCCAUUGAGCAAGUGAGGCUAACCGUUCCCAUCACCGACGAUCCAACAUUGCCCGUCUUGACAUUUCGGACAUGGGUUUUAGGCCCGAUAACAUGCUGUCUUCUCUCGUUCAUGAACCAGUACUUCCGUUACCGUCAAAACGGUAUUUUUGUGUCGUUGAUUGUGGCCCAGAUCAUCCUUCUACCGGUUGGGAAGCUGAUGGAAAGGACAUUGCCAGCAAAGGCCAUAAGAGUUCCAGGGACAAAAUGGACAUUUUCUAUCAACCCGGGGCCAUUCAAUAUAAAAGAGCAUGCCUUGACAUCCAUCUUAGCAUCGGCGGGUGCUGGUUCGCCUUAUGCGAUUGAGAUUGUUUCACAGUCGAAGGUUUUCUACCAUAGGAAGAUAGAUCCAUUGCCAGCUUUGCUGUUAAUCCAUACCACUCAAAUGUUGGGUUACGGGUUCGCUGGACUGUUCAUGAAGCUACUUGUUGAAUAUUCUCCUUUCAUGUGGUGGCCUGAUGUACUUGUUUCUGUUUCUUUUUAUAGGGCAUCGCACGAGGUCGAAAAAAGGCCCAAAGGACAAUUAACAAGACUUCAGUUCUUUCUUUUAGUCUUGAUAUCAAGCUUCGCCUAUUAUGUUAUCCCUAACUUUUUCUUUCCUUCUAUAACCACCCUCUCAUUUAUUUGCUGGUUUUGGAAGAAUUCAGUCAUAGCCCAACAACUUGGUUCUGGUUGGAGUGGUCUUGGCAUUGGUUCCAUUGGCCUAGAUUGGUCCACGAUAGCGGGUUAUUUAGGAAGUCCUUUAGCUUAUCCUAUGUUCACAAUCGUAAGCAAAAUGAUUGGAUUUAUCUUAAUCCUUUACAUAAUAACGCCCAUUGCUUAUUGGACUAACUUGUACAAUGCCAAGCGAUUCCCUAUUUUCUCUUCGGAUUUGUUCGAUGAUAAUGGACAAUUGUACAUCUCACGAAUUUUGGAUGAGAAGGCGUUCAAAUUCGAUCAGAAGGCCUACGACCACUACUCAAAAAUCAAUUUUAGUACCUUCUACGCACUUAAUUAUGGAUUCGGCUUCUCACGUAUAACAGCUACUCUCACUCACGCUGCUCUCUUCUAUGGGAGUUCGAUAUGGAGCCAGCUAAAAGAGGCUCAUGGAGACCAAAAGGUAACAGGUGAUAUUCACAAUCGGUUGAUGAAGAAGUAUGAUCCUAUCCCUGAAUGGUGGUUCCACGUGAUUCUUAUUUGCACGGUCGGUCUUUCAAUUUUCGCAUGUGAAGGAUUUGGAGGGCAACUUCAACUACCCUUCUGGGGAAUUCUACUUGGAUGCGCUUUGGUUUUGAUUUUCUUAUUACCUAUUGGUGUAAUUCAAGCUACUAGUAAUCAGUCCCUGGAGUUAAAUAUAAUUACGGAGUUACUAAUAGGGUAUUUGUACCCGGGCAAGCCUAUUGCUAACAUGGCUUUCAAAUCCUAUGGAACGGUGAGCUUGAUUCAUGCCCUCUCCUUCCUUUCUUCUCUUAAGCAAGGACACUACAUGAAGAUUCCUCCAAGAUCAAUGUUCAUUGUUCAGGCAGUAGGCAUGUUGAUCUCUUCCACCCUUAGCUUCGGCACGGCGUGGUGGAUACUCUCGACGGUUGAGAACAUUUGCGAGCCUGACAAGCUUCCGCUGGGAAGCCCAUGGACAUGUCCCAGUGAACGCGUCGUCUUCAGUAUUACAACCACUUGGGGCAUUGUCGGCCCAUCCCGUAUGUUUGUCCCGUUCGGCCUAUACAAGUACGUUUACCUUUUCUUCCUCCUUGGCACACUAGCCCCUGUGCCUGUGUGGCUUCUCUCUAGUGCGUAUCCGAAGAAGAAGUGGAUCAGACUCAUCAAUUUCCCAAUCAUACUGGGGGCCACCGCGAGCAUGCCCCCUAUAAGGGCCGUCCAUCAGUGGUCCUGGUUUGUGGUAGGCUUCCUAUUUAACUAUGUUAUAUAUAGGAAAUACAAUGGGUGGUGGAGCAGGUACAACUAUGUGUUAUCAGCUGGGUUGGAUGUUGGGAUUGCUUUUAUGGCUCUUUUGGCAAGCUUUGCUCUACAAAAUAUAUAUGGAGUGAAAUGGUGGGGUUUGGAAUUGGGGGACCAUUGCCCGCUGGCCCAUUGCCCAACGGCCCCAGGUGUAGAGGUCAAGGGAUGCCCAGUUUUUCAUUGAUUAAUGAUAA